AGAAAGAGCUACAGUUGAUUGAGAGAAAUCUGCACUUCAAUAAUCUUGAGCAUAGAUGGAUGACUCAAUAUCCAUGGAUAAGAGACCCGGCUGAUCUUCCAGACAAUAGAAAGGCCGCAUUCGGAAUGCUAUUGUCUACGGAAAAGAGACUCGCCAAGAAUACUGACCACGCAAGAGUAUAUCAAGAGCAGAUACAAGAUAUGAUAGACAGGGGCGUUGCCCGAAAGCUAACGAAGAGCGAAUUAGAAGCCUACGAUGGGCCCAUUCAUUAUGUUUCGCAUCAUGAAGUUGUACGUCCAGAUUCAAAGUCCACGCCAGUACGAAUAGUCUUUAACACCAGUGCCAAAUACAUGGGUCACGCGUUGAAUGAAUAUUGGGCCAAGGGACCGGACCUUCUGAACAGCCUUCUGGGUGUGCUGAUAAGGUUUAGAGAGAAUGAGGUGGCGUUAAUUGGCGAUAUAAAGAAAAUGUACCAUUCCGUGGGAACCACCCAGCUCGAACAGCACACGCAUCGGUUUCUAUGGAGAGACAUGGACGCCAGGAAAGAGCCAGACACUUACGUCAUACAGAGAGUCUCAUUUGGCGAUAGACCGUCGGGAACCAUCGCAACAGUAGCAUUGAGAAAAACGGCCGAAAUGGCGCAAGAGAAGUACCCUCAAGAGGCCAAAAUCAUUAGAGACAACACCUACAUGGACGACAUCAUUGAGAGUGUUGGUGGUAGGGAGAGAGCCGAAAGCGUAACACGGAACAUAGAGAAGCUGGUCGACAUAGGGGGAUUCAAGAUUAAAGGCUGGACCAUCUCGGGCAGCUCUGACAGCCGAAAUGAGAAGGAGAUACCCAGUGAAACGUAUGCACCCGCAGAGAAAGUCUUGGGAGUUUGUUGGAGACCCGUCGAGGACCGGUUUUGCUUCAAGGUGACGUUGAAUUUCUCCCGACGAAAGAGAAAGCUGCAUACCGAGCCGGAUAUAGAAUCCCAUCAACUAAAAGAGAGGUUUCCUGCGAAGUUGACAAAGCGAAUGAUUCUCUCCCAGAUCAACAGCAUCUAUGAUCCACUUGGAUUGGCAGGUCCAUUUACCGUUAGAGCGAAAAUCAUGAUGAGAAAACUGUGGAUGAGUGAAGCGGAGCGGCUUGACUGGGACGAUCCAGUGUCAGACGAAUGCAGAGCAGAGUGGAAUACAUUCUUUUCAGAUUUAUUUAUCAUGAACAACAUCAAGUUCGGUAGAUGCCUUAAGCCCACAAAUGCGGUUGGUGACCCAAUGCUGGUGAUCUUCAGUGACGGAUCAAAUAGUGCUUAUGGUGCGUGUGCGCACGUCCGUUGGGCACUGAACGGUGGAGGGUUUGAAAGCAGAUUAGCCAUCUCUAAGAACCGACUCGCGCCAGUUAAGGCAAUGUCCAUUGACCGGAUUGAGCUGUGCGGAGCCGUGCUGAGCAAGCGUCUUAAAGAGCUCCUGGAGAGAGAGUCGAGAUAUCGAUUUACCACGUGCUUGCACAUUGUUGACUCACAGAUAGUACACGCCAUGGUCCAGAAGGAAUCAUAUGGGUACAACACGUUUGCUGCAACACGCAUUGGAGAGAUUCAAAGCGGUACUAAUCCCGAAGACUGGUGCUGGGUAGUUAGCGAGCAGAACAUAGCCGACUGGCUCACUCGAGGCAAGGAGCCAAACGAAAUCGACUUAAACAGCGCGUGGCAGAAGGGUCCAGAUUUCUUGAAGUUGCCAGAGUCUGAGUGGCCUAUUAGUAGGAUCUGUGCCAUACAAGAGCUUCCACAGGAACCUAGGGUCGUAAUGAUAGCCAACACCAAGCCCAAAGACUCCCUAGCAGUCAGGAUUGACAUAAGUAGAUAUUCGGAUUAUACGAGCCUGGUUAGAGUGACGGCUAGAGUGCUUGCCAUGUUCCGAACCGAUUAUAAGCCGAGCUUCAGAAAUGCUACCAGAGUCCUUGAGCCGGUGGAUGUUACUAAAGCGGAGCGAUUCUGGAUUCUCCAAGCCCAAGAAACUAUGUUAAGUGACAUGAAACGUGGACGAUUCAGACGCCUGUGUCCAAGAGUUCGAGAGGAUGGGAUAAUUGUGGUAGGAGGACGUGCAGAGAAAUGGCUGGAGAUGAGCUACAAUCAGCGCGAAGUUCCACUUCUACCGUUUAGGCAUGAGUUAUCCCGCUUGUACGCGAAACAUAUACACGAAGAAGGCCAUCAGGGAGUAUCUGCUACGACAAGCAAAGUGAGAUCAAGGUUCUGGGUCAUCGGGCUGCCUAGGAUAGUAAAGUCAAUUAGAUACAACUGUGUAACUUGCAAGAAGCUGGACAAGAAGACUACGACGCAACUGAUGGGACGGCUCCCCCAGGAAAGGCUUAAGCCAGCACCAGCGUGGAAUUGUACGGCAGUUGAUUUAUUUGGCCCCUUCAGGAUUAGAGGUGAAGUCCAGAAGCGAACCACAGGCAAAGCAUAUGGCGUCAUCUUCAACUGCCUUAGCACGCGAGCAGUCCAUGUAGAUUUGGCGCCUAA